AUGCAGCCAAUCAGUGCACUCAGUAUCCAGGUGAUCCCUCAGUAUCCUGCCGUGGGUCAGUCAGUCACUCUCAGUGUUACUGGGAUCAAUGGGAAUCUCCUGCAAUUCAGCUGGUAUAAAGGACCGAACAGAAACUUUUAUAAUCUAAUCCUCUCAUAUAUCCCGAGUGUAAACCCCCCACAGAUUAAUGGAAAUCAGUAUUUCUCUCGGGCCAGCAGGCUCCCUAAUGUCUCGUUACUGAUCUCAGAUCUGGUGAUUACAGACCAGGGUAUUUACACAGUAUCUGCACAGACAGAUAAAGGACCACAGCAAGAAUCAGUGACCCUGACUGUAUACAGUGAGUAGUGUGUGAUGUCUCCAUGUCUUUUCAAAUAUUUUUUAUUGAAUUCUUUAUAAUUACAUAACACUAUCGUAAACAAUUAGUACAAUACAUCUAUUAAGAAUUAAUAUCAAAUAAAAUGUUAUGUCUCCAUGUCUAUCAAUAUCUACUGUAAUACACAUUUUCUGUAUAAACAAUAUUUGCUGUCCCUGUAAUAGGAAAUAUUGAAAUCUCCUGAUUGCAAGCUUUCUGUAUCAUUUUGCUGAAUUAUUUUAUCAGAUGUCACUUGGACUCUGUGUACUGUUGGCUCAAUUUGUCAUUGCUGCAAAGUUACAGCAAAAUUGAGAUUUAUGAACUGGUGCAACUUUGCAGCGAUUUCAAUUAUUAAAGUGUCCCUCCAGAGGAAAGCAAUAGAAAUAUUAUAUUGAAUUUACUAAAUGGUGUGGUGGUUUUUCAGGGGCUUUAAAAAAAAAAAAAAAAGAAGUCCUUCCUUUUCCUAGAGUUAAUGCUAUGAGAUCAGGAGUAUGGUCACAACAGAUGAGCAGUGCCAAACAAAUUAACCCUUUCAGUGCCACAGCGGAGAACAGAGCAAUGUGCAGAUGUGGCACUGAAAGUGAGAGUAAAACAAGUUAUAUAUGCUGAGCUUGCAGGGUGGUUUUUAUUGUAUAACCAUAAUUUCCUUUCCUCUUAUGGAGUUAAAUACCAAAUACCAAACCUGGAGCGAAUAUAGUAUGCUUGUAAAAUAUCCAUAUUGCCAGCAACAACACUCCAAAAUAGUUUAAUAGACGGUAUAAACUCCAACUCCAACAUUUCAAAUAGACAGAGGGACACUCCAAUUUUAGGGGCUUGUGUGGGGUGGGGCUAUUCUGAUAAAUUUUAGGUGACUCACUAAUAACAGUUUAUACAACGAAAAUGUAAUUUAGAACAAAAUCAAUGAAUCUUAUAUACACAGACUGAUUUCUAAACACAUUUAUUGUAGCUUAAAGACACAUUACUGUGAGAAUUAUUGCUGUGGAGCCCUGUGAUACACUGUGACAACAAUAUGGAGCUCCUAGAAAAGAGGCACAUUAGGAUAGCACAUAAGGAUAGAAAAGAGGGACAGAGGGAUUUGGGCAGUAGUGGGAUUCGAAAAUUUUAGUAACCAUUUACGACUUUUUAUAGGUUUCCAAGACCACAGGGUCGGCCCAAGACAUUGUGCUGCUUGGUGCAAAGACUCCAUUCCACCCCUCAGUCAUGCACGCACACACAAGCACAUCGACACAGUCACACAUAUAUACCCUGGGGGUAAAAACACCCAUGGAGCAAAGGAAUGCUAUUGAUGCAGUAAAUGCAUAAACCUUGUAUGUCAUGCCAAAAAGCAGUGAAUACAAACAUUAGGUAUACAAUGUCAAUGAGCAAUAAAUACAUAAACUUGGUAUAUCAUGCCAUUGAGCAGUAAAUGCAUGAACUUGGUAUAUCAUGCCAAUGAGCAGUAAAUACAAAAAUUAGGUAUACCAUACCAAUGAGCAAUAAAUGCAUACACUUGGUAUAUCAUCUCAAUUAACAUUAAAUGCAUAAACCUGGUAUAUCAUGCCAAUGAAGCUAUACAUAUAUAAACUUGGUAUAUCAUGCUAAUGAGCAGUGAAUGCAUAAAUCCUGAAUAUCAAACAAACAAGCAGUAAAUUCUUAAACUUUGUAUAUUAUGCCAAUGAGCCACAAGUGCCUCCAAAAAGUCUGCUAGUGCCAUGUGCCUCCAAACAACCUGCCAGUGUCAACUCUCUGCCACCGGCCUCUCAGUGCCAUCUAUCUGCCACCAGCCUCCUUGUGCUAUCUCUCUGCCCUUAGCCUCACUCUGUCAUCUCUCUGCCCCAGCCUCUCUGCCCCAGCCUCUCUGUGCCAUCUCUUUGCCCCUAUCCUAUCUCUGCCAUCUCUUUGCCACCAGCCUCACUGUACUAUCUCUCUGCCCUCAGUCUCUCAGUGCAAUUGCUCUGCCCCAGUCUCCCUAUGCCAUGUCUCUGCCACCAGCCCCCAUGUGCCAUCUAUUUUCCCCCAGCAUGUCUGUGCCAUGUCUGUGUCCCAAGCCUCUCUGUACCAUGUCUUUUCCCUUAGCCUGAUAGUGUGUGGAAAUGGUGGUAGUGUGGGGGUGACAGUGUGGGAAGAGGUGACAGUGUGGGAAGUUGUAGUGUGAGGGGAUGGUGACAGUGUAUGUGUGUGGGAGAGUGACAUUGUGAGGGUAUGGUGACAAUGUGUGUGUGGGAGAGGGACAGUGCAAUAGUGACAGUGUGUGGGGCGGUAGUGUGUGAGGGGGACAGUGUGUGUAGGUAAUAAUGUGUCCAAUGGUGACAGUGUGUGGGAGGAUGAAAGUGUAAGGGGGUGGUGGUGACAGUGUGUGUGGGAAGGUGACAAUUCGGGGAUGUGGUGACAGUGGUGGAAGUGGUGACGGGGGGUGAUAACAGUGUGGUGGUGGUAGUGUGAAGGGAUGGUGACAGUGUAGGAGAUGGUGACAGUACAGGGUGGUGGUAGUGUAAGGGGAUGGUGACAGUGUGGGGGUGAUAGUGUGAGGAGAUGGUGACAGUGGGGGGGGUUUGGGGAUGGUGACAGUGGAGGGUGGUAGAGUGAGGGAAUGGUGGCAGUGGGGGCAUAGUAAUGUGAAGGGGUGGUGGCAGAUGAGAGGUGGUAGUGUGAGGGGAGGGUGACAGUGGGGGAUGAGGGGAGCUGAGGGAAUGGUGACAGUGGGGGGGUUGUAGUGUGAAGAGAUGUUGACAGUGAGGGGGUGAGGGGAUGGUGACAUUGAAGGGUGGUAGAGUGAGGGGAUGGUGGCAGUGGGGGCGUAGUAAUAUGAGGGGGUGGUGGUAGUGGGAGGGUGGGAGUGUAAGGUGAUGGUGGCAGUGGGGGGUGGCAGUGUGUGGGGAUGCUAUGGCACUCUUAACUUUUUUUUUUAAAGUAUACUCCAUUCCAUGCAGUACACUAGUGGUCUCCUCCUCUCUGUUGGUCAAAUGGGCUAGUCUGCUGAUGCCUCUGGUCUGCAGCUCUGCCAGACCAUGGAGUAGAGAUCUUGCGAUUUCCGGCACUUCAUGUGUCAGAGUGUUGCCGUGGUAACUCGCGGCAACGUUCUGACUGGCCUGAGAUCGCGAGAUCUCUACCCCAUGGUCUGUAGCUCUGCACCUAGCGAGAACCGGCUGAAUCCCACCACUGGAUUUGGGCCCAAAAUUGGGACUGUCCUCAAUAGAGACUCUUGGAAGGUAUGUUUUACCAUAGGCUAGCACUCUGUUUCCUGAUUCGCAGCUUGAUUGCUUUUAGCUCCAUAGAAUCAGAUCCAAAAUGCAGUUAUCUUCUUCUCUAUUGUGAUAUGAAUGCAAAAAUCUUUAUUUUAGUUAUAUUAGUUGCAAUGGGCCCACAUCAGGACACGUGCUCCCUUCAGUUUGGCAGAGCACAUAUCCAGUCAGUAGUGGAUUAGGACCAAAACCAAAAUUGUCAGCAGCAAGGAGAGCGAGCAGGAAAUUGUGCUCACUGGCUGAGAUCAGUCAGCUGACACUCUCAGCCAAUCAGCUAGUUUGGCCAGGAUUUGUGACGAGAGCUCUUAGUUUUUAAAUCUUUGAAGGUUGUAAUGGAGGAUAGGAGCAGCUCCGGUGGACCUCAGAUAAGAAAUCAAACCAUUCUGAAAUGGUUUAAAUACUACAAAAGUCAAAGGUGGCAUGACACUAUAACUAAUACAGAGUACCUGAUAACGCCUGCAGGGCUAUUCACUGUAUGUAUUAUUUAAUAGCCUCCGCUUGCUGCCUAAAAGUGGAGGUUGGGGAGGAUAGUUGGUCCCACAUGAAUUAUUUAACAGACGCUACCUGCCGCUUAUAGGUGGGGCAGUAGUGUGGCAGACCGCCUGGUACUCCAACUGGGCUCCUCGGCCAAUCAAUGCUUCUUAGUGCUCACCGAGUACUCCAAGCACUCCACCAUACACCAUAACCACCGUAAACCCCGCAGCCAGCGUUACUGCUUGGUUGGGGGUCUCGCUGUACUCCACCCACCCUGGACCCAAGACUAGGAUCCAGCUUCCAGUGGGUUGACCUCUCCCAAUCCAGAGAGUAAAACAGGCUAUCUCUUAUAAGAGCUAGUGAUUAUAAUCCAAGGGAGUAUAAUAAGUAUAGCAAUCCCCAGAGUGAAUAUAGCUGUUCCCUCCAUACAUGAGACAAGGCUCUAUGUUGAGGGUGAAGAGGAACUGCUUGAAUGGGAGCCACAUGUAGCCUUAUAGGAAACUCCCCAUGCAAGGAGUUUCCGGAUACAUAUUCCAGGGGUAUUCCCCUCUGGAGAGGAGACUACAGUAAAAAAUACACAUAAUUACAUUGGCUCUCAGGUCCAGGAUACUCCCACACAAAACAGGGUAAUCCCUCCCCUAUACUUGAGAGAUUAUGGAGUCAGGAACUGUACUAAACACAAUUAUCUCCAGGCACAGAAAACAUAAAUUUUUACAACAUCCUGAAAGUACCUCCAAAACACAUGUGUGAUCACCAUGCACCCCGACUGGGUACCUCCGUUAACGGAUGCUUCCUAGCUGACACCAAGGACUAUAAGCACCGCACCUAACACCACAACCACUGCAUACUCCCCAACCGCCCUAGCUUAACUGGAAUCUCACCAUCUUCCUUCCACCUUGGAUCAACCUCUGACAUCCAGGACCGUGUGUGAGAGAUCUCUCCUCAAGGAGACCAUAACAGGAACAGCUCUUAAAAGAGGUAAGUGAUUAGAGCCCAGGGGAGUAUACAGAGUAUAGCAAUCCCCAGUGUGAUUAUAGCAGUUCCCCUGCAAUCACAAGACAAGACUACUUGUUGAGGAUCAAACAAGAACAGAAGGUUUAAUGGCACAAACUGGUCUUUUAUACAAGUUUUACAGCAAAGGUGACGCCCAGGUGGACCUAGUUGGGCACCGAGACACAAAACAUGUAAGCCAAUAAAAGCAAUAUAACAAGAAACGACACUUUCACAUACAUUAAACAAUCCCUCCCUCUGCCUGUGAUAUAAUUAAUGUAGUUAAUGCAUUAACUUAAUUAUCCACAGGCAGAAAAAAAAACACACAUUUAUAUAAAGUAUCAUAAGUACCCCAAAACACAACAUAUCCCCAACAUAUCCCCAUAGAGGUAUGGGUAGGCAGUGACAUGUUUAACCUUAUUGUUUCAAUGUAGUCAGGUUCCCCUAUUUUCAUUUACAGGCUCACCUCCAUUUUUUUUUAAAGGGACACUAUAGUCACCUCAACAACUUUAGCUUAAUGAAGCAGUUUUGGUGUAUAGAAAAUGCCCCUGCAGCCUCACUGUUCAAUUCUCUGCCAUUUUGGAGUUAAAUGCUUUUGUUUAUGAACCCUAGUCACACCUCCCUGCAUGUGACUUGCACAGCCUUCCAUAAACACUUCCUGUAAAGAGAGCCUUAUUUAGGCUUUCUUUAUUGCAAGUUCUGUUUAAUUAAGAUUUUCUUAUCCCCUGCUAUGUUAAUAGCUUGCUAGACCCUGCAAGAGCCUCCUGUAUGUGAUUAAAGUUCAAUUUAGAGAUUGAGAUACAAUUAUUUAAGGUAAAUUACAUCUGUUUGAAAGUGAAACCAGUUUUUUUUUCAUGCAGGCUCUGUCAAUCAUAGCCAGGGGAGGUGUGGCUAGGGCUGCAUAAACAGAAACAACGUGAUUUAACUCCUAAAUGACAGUGAAUUGAGCAGUGAAAUUGCAGGGGAAUUAUCUAUACACUAAAACUGCUUUAUUUAGCUAAAGUAAUUUAGGUGACCAUAGUGUUCCUUUAACCAGGCAUGGCUGCGUGCAUAAGAACAUUUUAUUAUUAUAUUAUAGUGUCAUAAUGACCCCUUAUGGUUUUUUUUUCUUUUUUCACUUUUUGCAGUAGUGGCUGGCUACAAAGAGCUUACCAGCCAUCACAAAGUUAACACACAUGCAGGUUUUUUUGUCCCCCCCCUCCCCCCGCCCCAUUUACAUACUGUCUGCAAGCAUUGCUAGCUGGUAAAUAGUCUGGAGUUAAAUAAAUUUACAUGCAAAAAUCAGUUUACAUUAUUUACCGCAUCUGCCUGUCUCUGAGGAAGAUUAAGCUGAAAUUAGGCUUUUGCAUGGCAGGAACAUUUGUUUUUUUCCCCAAAAAAAUUCUGAAAAACAUUCAGACAAGACAAAAAAAAGGUGGGAUAAUGUGCAUAUGAAUGUGUUGUGAUGCAAAACUGGCUACAAUAUUACCUAUCCUAAUGACUAUGCAAUAUCAGCCAUUUUUGCAAAGAUGUAUUUUAUAAUGAUGAUUGUUUUUCCUUUUGCAACCUUGUAUUAAUGAAUAAUGGGGAAGAGUGCAGCAAUAUUUUAAGAUGGAAAUUUAAGGAAAAAAAAAUCAGUGGGGUUUUGACAACCCAUUCACCCCUUUCAUCCUGAGAAGAACAAAGAUUUCCCACACAUCCUGUCUGAAGAGCCAAUAAACAUCCUGCAAAAAAAUGAUGGGUCAUCAAUUGCCCACUCACUUUUACCGUUAAAGGACCACUAUAGUGCCAGGAAAACAUACUCGUUUUCCUGGCACUAUAGUGCCCUGAGGGUGCCCCCACCCUCAGGGACCCCCUCCCGCCCGGCUCUGGAAGGGGAAAGGGGUAAAAACUUACCUUUUUCCAGCGCUGGGCGGGGAGCUCUCCUCCUCCUCUCCGCCUCCGAUCCUCCUCCUGGGCUGAAUGCGCACGCGCGGCAAGAGCUGCGCGCGCAUUCAGCCCGUCGCAUAGGAAAGCAUUUACAAUGCUUUCCUAUGGACGCUUGCGUGCUCUCACUGUGAAAAUCACAGUGAGAAGCACGCAAGCGCCUCUAGUGGCUGUCAAUGAGACAGCCACUAGAGGAAACAGGGGGAAGGCUUAACCCUUUCAUAAACAUAGCAGUUUCUCUGAAACUGCUAUGUUUACGAAAGAAUGGGUUAACCCUAGCUGGACCUGGCACCCAGACCACUUCAUUAAGCUGAAGUGGUCUGAGUGCCUAGAGUGGUCCUUUAAUUUUGUUUAAAAAUUCUGGUCCUUGCUUCAAAUCUCUUCAUUACCUUGGCAUUUACAUUCUAAAGGAGGUGGGCUAAAAUGACAAAAGAAGUAAGGGUAAUAUGUAUUUUAUGUAAUGGAAAGUAGGUUGCUAGCUCAGUUUACAAUGUUUUUUAGAUGACACAGUUGAAGAAGAGAAGGUGGGUUUGUGAGGGAAUGCUAUUAACAGUUUGAUUGAACAAGUGAGAUUUAAUUUUUAUUUUUUUAAGAAAUGGAGACUUGAUGAGAGUCUAAUGGAGCAGGAAAUGUAGGUUUAAAGUCCCAGAAAAGGCUUAAAGGUGAGAGAGUCAGAAGUUCGGAUACAACAGAACAUAGAUGCAGGUCUUUGGCAGUCUAGGGUCAUAUGUGUAGAUUAGUGAGGAUAGGUAGACAGGAGCAGUGUCAUGAAGAGAUUUGUAAGCAAGGACCAGAAUUUUUAAUUAUUGGAAGUCAAUGUAAGGACUGACAAACGGAAGAUGCAUGGGAGGUGCGGGAGUAGAGGAAGAUCAGCCUUGCUGUGGCAUUCAUUAUAGACUUCAUCGGGUUAAGCUGGAUGCGCAUAAGAUCAGGUUAUAAGGGAGAAAAAGAAAAAGGGGGCAAAUAUAGAAACCAGCAGAAAGAAAAUUAAAUAGGAGACAAAGGAGGCAGGUUAAGAUGCUGAAUAAAGUAAAUGUUUUUCUUUCUCCUUCAAACGUUGCACAACACUGAACAAAAUAGUUAAUUAAUUAAGCCAAAAGCAAUACAAUGUGUAACAAAGCAUUGGACAUGUAUAAUUGUAAUAUUUUCAUUUAACAUUUUGGUUUUACUUACAAUAUGUGUGAUUUCCUCUUCUGUCUCUUUAAUACGACAGCCAGUCAAGUAACAUAAUUAUAUACAUAUCCACAAAGAAAGGAAAUAACUGAUCUUGUUGAUCAAAGAAAUGUGUCUUUAGAAUAGGUUAAAUCACAUCGUUUUAUUCUGUACUAAGACUUUCAUCAGUAUAACCACAUCAAACCAUAUCCAAACAAUAAAUAACUGAAUAGGGCGGAAUCACAUCUUGAUUCCCUAUUUAUUUAUUUUUGAGCCAAAAUAAAGCAGCGACUGGUCAGUAAAAAGUAGCAAAGUAGAAAGUAACAAAAUUGGAAAUGACUCGAUGUCUGUGUGUAACCUUAUGAUUUCCUGUUCCUUCCUUUACAGUACCUGUCACUAAACCUGUGGUCAGGGCCAUAAGCUCCCUGGAAUAUGACAUGGUUACCCUCACUUGUCGGACAGAAAAUGCUGAAAAUAUCGUGUGGGGCCGCAGAAAUGACAGACUCCCUUCUGAUAUAACUCUAUCCAAUGAUAACAGGACUCUCACCUUUUCCAGUAUCAAACAAUCACACUCAGGAGAUUAUUAUUGUGAGGCUGAGAAUGUGAUCAGUAAGACGAUUAGUGACAUCUACACAGUAACUGAAAAAUGUAAGUAUAUAUUCUGAUCAUGAUCACACUCACAGAACACUUAUUAAUAGAACGGUCACCACAAGUUAUUUAAAAACAUACAUUAUAGUAUAUAGAACCUAAUGACUGUUACUGAGAACAACUGUAAUGAAAACUAAAAAUGCCAUUCUAUAUCACUAGAAAACUAUAUUUCCAACAAUACACAAUAAGUGGAAUGAAAAUAUAUAUUCUUACAUUUAUAUUUAUUUUAAUUUAACAUAAUAAAUGAGCAUAUAUGAGUAUAAGGGGAAUAAAACAAGUGAAUCUCUACCUAAACUUAUAUAUAAGUUAUAUUCUGUUGAUACUGGUAGCUUUCCAUAAUGGACAAAUUUCACAGGCGUACGAUUCAUAGUAGUGGAAUAGCAGGAUAUAUUAGAUAGAUAGAUAGAUACAUUUGUAUUGCUAUAGAUAUAUCUCUAUUCAAAAUAAGCACAACUAUGAAAAGAAGGAAUCCCUUAUAUUAAAGGGGUUCUGAAUUGAAGCUUUGUCAAUACAGAGGGGGAAGGAGUCCCUACCUUUAUUGGCUCUAGGGACAGAUGUUACAACAGUAACCAGGACUAUGGGAAAAAGAAAAGGAAAAGAAGGUGGGGGUAGUGCUGGGGUAUAUAUUACCGAUUUGGAUGCCGGUUGGCUAGAUGGGGACAAGUUGUCCAAAAUAAACAAAGCCUCCACACUGCACUCCAAUGCAUCACAGACCCACAACACUUGCGAACACCCACACCCACAGGGUAAAGGUAGAUAUUAUUAAAAGAGGUUAUUUGGGGGGCUAGGAGGACUGCCAAGCUGAUCAGUUGCAUAUCUGUUUGGCUCCUCAAGCCUUUGUCUUUAUGAGAUGAUUAAUAACGGUUUCUACACAUAUGUGAAGCUAAAAGCUGUGCCAUAUUGUGUAAAAGACUGCCUGGGAGGAAGCUUAAUGGCCUAACUACAGAAACUCUGAAGCUCCGGUCAACUUUGAGAUACCUCGAGGUUUGCGGCCUAGUCACUGAUACCAAGCACAUCAGAGGCGAUAGCUUCGGGUCCUAUCCUCCCCCUUUUGGAUCAGCGGGGGUUAUCCCUGUCCCCACUGACUGCCCCACUUACCUCUGAAAUCCACAGACGGCAGCUGCUAUGUGGGCUCAGACCGCUACGCUUCCCCUUAAAAUGGUGGAUGUACCUUCCUUAACAGCACAGAACAGGUUGCCAUCUGAACUAGCCUUACUUGCCGGAUUGGAACAAUGAUUGGAUGAGCUUUUACCUGCUUCUGGGCGCAACUGGAGGCGCGAAACGAGGCUGCACCAGCAUGGACCCAUGAGGGAACACAAGGAGGAGAUGAGCAUGUGGCACCGGUAUCCCCUUAGGGCGCAAGUACCCAACAAGCUACAGCUCCACGCAGACAUGGCCUACCUAGGCUGAGGGCCAACAGGGGAAAUCGCCCACUGCAUUGGCCACAAAGGCAGAAGUGACACCUAGGGCUUUUGUCACAUCCCAUCUGGGAAGGACGUGGACUCUGUCACAAGCCCCCAAGUCUGUGGUCUCAAAGUGCGGGCCCUUCACACGGCCUGGGGCUGCAAGGAUACCACACAGUGUCCUUGCCUGGUAACUCCUCAGGGCUGCACUAGCCUGUUGUCGAGUCUUGGUGUGGGCUGAGCAUCCUAACUUGGACCCGGGACGGAUAACAUGUUGCCAGUCUCAUCGUAAUGAAACAAUGUGAUCUCUUUCAAUGUUCAUAACUUCACAUAACAUGUUUCAUUGUUUAUUCUCCAUUUUCUUGCAUUUGUUGUUGUGACAAUGCAAGUUGUUUUGUUUACAUAUGCAUGACAAAAAUAAAGAUAACUUUGCCAUAACUCGGCACGGUGGGUUAAUCCAAUAGUACCUACCUAAGCCAUACUUUCCAUACCUGGGUCAAGAUUAAUUAAAUUGCUAUAUAUACAAAAACAUAGUGCUAAAAAUUGCUACCUAGUAAAGGAGAUGUAAGUGAAAAUAAUAGCUUGACACGCGUUUCAAUACGCCAUCGUCAGGACACCCUGAAUAUAAUAGAAUUAAAUGAACCUAGGAUGUUGACUUAGAGAUGCCAUCAAACACAAUGACAUAAAAAAGAGCAGCUUCUUUUUAAAAUAUUUUAGCCCUCACUUCUGGAUUACAAAGCAUAGAGUCUUGUAGAGUCCACUUACUUUCCCUCAUCAUUAUAUGUAAACCAUACCAAUAUACCUUGACUGUCUUAACUGCUGUCAAGACUAAUAUAACCUUAAGAUGCAAACUCAGACAGAGACAGGAUAGAAGUGCAUACCGGUCCUUACAGUGGCCAGGUUAACAUUAAGGAUAGGCAAGCAGAAUGUCUAAAGACAGACAAAAAGUCGUUGUGAACAAGCUAAGGUCACAAGCUUAAGACACAAUAUUGAGGGAGAAGCCAGGAGUACAAGAAUAGUAAAAAAAAAAAAGCUGGAGUCAGUAACCAAAUAAUCAAUAGACACUCUUGGGUGUAAAGAAAUAGAAGUACUCUUAGGUGUAAAGAAACCAUAACAGGGUAAAGAACAAUAGGAAACACGUGUGCAGACUUCAGGGUUGAAUUAUAUUGGUCCACAGCACACUGGUGAUUCUAGAAUGUGUGUGAUCAAGAACAUACAUUUGAGACAGGAUCUUUCAGAGCCAAAAAAUGACACAAGUAAGGAUAGUGUAAGACAAUAAAAAAAUCUCAGGAACUCACUCUUAUGCGUUAAGCAGCUUUAAGGAUACCGCAACGUUUCGACAUGCAUCCAGGUCUUUAUCAAGCUUGAUGAGCCACCUGCCUAAUAUUGUGUAGGUCUCCCCUCGUGGCACCAUAACAGCUUUGAAGGCCGAAUCAUGGAUUCCACAAGACCUCUGAAUGUGUCCUCUGGUAUGUAGCACCAAGACAUUAGCAGAUCCUUUUAGUCCUGCAAGUUCUAAUGUUUGAGAUCUGGGGAAUUUGGAGGGAAUUUGAACUCUUUGUCAUGUUCCUUGAAACAUUCCUGAACAAUAUUUGCAGUGUGGGAGUGUGCAUUAUCCUGGCCAUCCACUUGACCUAAAAGAAAACUUGACUCAUCAGACCAGGCAACCUUCGAUCAUUGCUUCAUGGUCCAGUUCCUUAUCUCAUGUCCCCAUUAAAGGCACUUUCGGAGGUGGACAGGAAUCAUCAUGGGACUGAUUGGUUUGUUUCUACGCACCCCUGUAUGCAGCAAACUGCAAUGCACUGUGUGUACUGACACCAUUCUAUCAUGGCUAGCAUUAUGUUUUUCAGCAAUUAGAGCUACAGUAGCUCUUCUGUGUGAUAAGUCCAGAAGGGUUAGCCUUUGCUUCCCAUGUGCAUCAAUGAGUCUUGGACUUCCAUGACCCUGACACGGGUUCACCAGUUGUCCUUCCUUGCACCACUUUUGGUAGAUAUUAACGACUGCAUAGCAGGAACACUUUCCAAUACCUAUUGUUUUGGGGCUGCUCUGACCGAGUCAUCUAGCCAUCACAAUCUGUCCCUUUUUUUUUUGACUCGAGUACAUGUAGUUUAGGAACUGACUGUUAACUUACUGCCUAAUAUAUCCCACCACUUGACAAAUGCAUUGUAAUGAUAUAAUUAAUGUUAUUCAAUUCACCCAUCAGUGGUUGUAUUGUUGUGGCUGACCAGUGUAUAAAAAGAUAACAAUAUUCCAUAAUUAAAAUAUUUUUUACAAUAUAAAAUCUAGCAAAUUGUAUCCAAAAAUAUUAAAUCACCAAUAUUACCAAUUACCAAUAUUACAUUUAGGCCGUGGUCUGAAAUGUUGUUGUAUAAAUGCAAAAAAUAUAAUUUUUUUCUCACAUACAGUAGAUACAAAACUAGAUAAAUAAACAUUGUUAAAUACAUUGCUUAUGGGUAUUUAUAAGGACACUGAACACAGAACUAGCAGUACAGCUUACUAAAAUGGUAAGAUAAUGUACAAAGAAUGUCUGCAUUGGGGAUAAUAUACACAGAGUAAAUUCAGUUAAAUCAUAUGUAAAACAAAGGCAUUUAAAACUGCCUAAGCAAUCUUUAUCAAUAUUUGGAAUGUUAAUGUAAUGGGAACAGUGAAAUAGUAGAGUCUAUUCACACAUUCCCCCCUCCCUGACUGCAGGAAAGAUAUAACUAAUUGAAACUUCCUCUUUAAACUCAGGUGUAAGGCUACAUUUUCAGAAUAUGUGCAAGUAUUCUAUGAGUCAUUAAUAGCUUCAGGCAGAGGAAUUCUUUAUUUUACAGGUUGGUCAUCAUAGCUGGAGUAUGACUGAUAGUGAGUGAGGGUUCAUGGACUAGAUUUCAUACUGAAAAAUACAUUAAAAUAAAAUUGUUAGUGCUCAAUUUGGUGAUUAGACAAGCUAAGCAGUUCAAAGAGGGUAUUCUUCUAAAAUAGAAUAGAAAAAUAUUUUAUGCUUAUCGGUGGCACAGGGAAACAUUUGUCCUAGUAGCUCAGAACCGAGCUGUUGGAAAAAUGGGUCUCAUGAAAAAAAAAAUUGUAUCAGUACCGUGAGAUAUUUAUUUUCAUUGGUUCAUGAAACUGUUAAUGCCUUUAAUAUUAUGGGAAGUAACACAGAGCUCACCCAAAUCCACCUUUCCCACACUCUUGCAACUCUUACCUAUAAAAAAAUGAAAAUGGGGGGACGUGGCUGACCACGAAGCUGAGCAGACGUCUUCCCUUAGAGCUCCGUAACAGACCAGGGAAUAAAGACUCAAGCCAACAGAAAACUACAGUCUAAUACAAAGAAAACAACUACCCCUCAAAGCAUAGAGUAUGGGGUGCAAAAAUAAAAAGCCUCACUGUCAAGAACUGACGAGACAGCCGGAUAUACGGCUCUCCUUCGAGCAGCCGGUGCCGCAACAGAGGCCCAAGAUGGCGCCUGAGGCCUUGUAUGAGUCGUAGGAAUCAGAAGCCUCGCAGGCCGACGGAGCUGGCUCACACCCACCCUCCUCAGAUGAAGUUUCUGGCAUGUCUGGGUCCGAAGAAGACGAGUCACCUUCAACAAAGGGUGACAUUAAACGUCUCCUAAUAGACCUUAGGAAAGUGUGCAAGCAGGACCUCCGAGAGGUACAGGCUGAAGUGGGGGCAGUACACCAAAAAGUGCGGGAAUUGGAGCUGAAAGAGACCGCCACGGAAGCAAAGUCCCAGGCUACAGAUCACAAGCUAAUAGAACUCACCUCUCAAGUGCAACAGCUACAGAAAGUGGUGACAACAAUGGAAGUCCGGCACAGGAGAAGAAACCUGCAACUCAGCGGCAUCCCAGAGUCAGUUGAAAACGUGAAACUCCUGCUGUGGGUCAACAACAUGCUGACAACCAUGGGCACUGAAAACAACCCCGACUCACCACUGAUCUCAUCAGUGUUCAGGGUUAAAAAAGCAGCCGCAGCACCAAGUGAAGCACCCAGGGACGUCAUAGCGGUGACAAGGGAUAUAGCGGUAAAAUCAGCAUUCCAAAGAAAUGGGGACAGUGCCACAUGAAUGCCACAAAAUAGCAAUCUACGCUGACAUCCCAUUCUCCGCCCUAGCGGAGAGGAGAAGGCUGGCACCCAUGGCCAGAAGGCUACGUGACUCGACCAUCAGGUACCGGUGGGGCACUGAGGGAUCAUUAUUAGCUGAAAAGGGGGGAGCAAGCUUCACCUUAACCUCCAGAGAUGACCCUAACCAGUUCUUGCAAAAGCUGAACCUGCGACCCCAGACUCGACCAGAGGACACACCAAACCCACACAGCACAGAUGGACACGGAGACGCCACCAAACACAGCAACACAAGCAUACCAAGACUCACCACCAAGAAACAGAAACCGUAAUAGUGGUUUGAAUGCCAAUCCUCACACCCACAGAUCCUAGAUGAUCUCGCUGCCACUGGACUAACUCUGAUCCCGAAACACCUAUGACCGGCAAAGACACAGCACUACAAUAACAGGAGGACACUAAGGCCCUAGGGCACCUAAACCUGUGAGGGAUACCCAAUGCAUACAUAUGAAUAACCUACUCACCUACACAUAUGCACCCCAAUGUAAAUGUAACUGUACCCGAAUACUCAAAAUAUGAUUGUUUCCCUUUUGCUUUAACAAAUACAUUGGAAAAGUUGUAUAAAACUGAGAAUAACUCAAUAAAAUAUCAUUUAAAAAAAAUGAAUAUGAUGAAAAGAAAAAAAUUAGGGGAGAGAAAAGGGGACACAUAAAAGCUAAAUAUUAGUAAAUUGAGAAAAGUAAAACAAGAAUCAAUAGUCUAUAGAAAGGUUAAAAGAUAGUCAAAUCUAAAUUAAUCAUGUAAAGCAAUUGAUCAAACAUAUAAUACUCUAAAAAUGGUCCUAGUAGUAACAUCAAAAUGAUUAAAAAAAAUGUAGUGCUAAUUCUUUAGAUUAUGGCUAUUGUUAGUAUAAAAAACGAUUUGAGAAUUAUGUGCCUGCAGGCUCUUGUGAAACACACCUCUUGAAAGAAUUAUAUCUGUUCAUCCCUUAACACCUCAUCUAGUUCUCUGUUACCAUCUACAAUACACCCUCCUCCAAAACACCACUCCCAUCUUGUUAUUCAUCUCCCUGACCUCUCUUGGUGUGUUUUCCCUCAUCCUUAUAGAAUGUAAGUGUAAGUUGUUACCAUUGUCGGUUUCAGUUGACCCUUCAAUAUAUAUCCCAACCCUAACUCACAGAAAAUGAGGAAUUUCACAAAUAGAGGUAUAGACAUAUUACUAAGCUUUAAAGUGGCCGGACUUAACAUAAGAAAGACAAAGACAAAGUCAGUAAUAGGCAAGGUCAAAAUUAUAGAAAUAUGGAUAUAUGAAUAAACAAUCCGGGGUCAGGAUACCAGAAAUACACAAAUUCAAAUACAAGCCAAGGUCAAUAUCAGAAUAUCAAUAGAGACUUGCUAUAAGCAUUAAACGUGUACCAGGGCACAAAUCACGAUAGGGCACUCAAUAAGGACUCAAUAAGCAUUAUAUAGGCUUAUUGACAUAUUCUGAUUGGUCCACAUUAACUCUGCAACUCAAAAAAUAUGAGAAUGAGGUUACCUAGAUGAUGUGGCCACUUUAAGGGUGAGUGUGACAUCAUGUGCAUUCAAACUACAUGAGGACCCACCAUUCGAGCGGGCAGCAUCCAAAUUAAUACAAGAAAGUAGUGGCUGUCUGGUGAAUCUGACCAGCGAGAACCUGGAAGAGGAGCAGUUUGCCAGUGCAAAAUUGGUAAGUAUAUCUAAAUUCGCUAUUCCCACUUUCAGGCUAUGAGGCCAUGUGGAGCGUUCGGACCACAUGACAUCGUGGAGCAGGUAAGUGUCAUUACAGUAUGUUAGUUUGAGCAGAGACCCACUGUUCCAUAUAUCAAAUGUGUUUUGUUAGAAUUGCUUAUUUUGUUUUUCCUACGGGACAUCGCUGUUGAAUAUGUUGGUGCUACAUAUAUAAUUCUGAUCAUAAAUUCUAAUGAUGAAAUUUUCACAUUGCUUAAAUCACAAAAAUGUUUAGUGUUUAGUACAUAGUGCAUAAAACAAAUAUUUACUUGCUAUAUUGAUUUGAACUUAGGCACUUAGGUGCCCAUUUAAUUCUAUAACUCAGCUGUUCUUGUUACAUUAUUAUUUUCUAAAAAAAAAAAAAAUUCUUUGUGCAUUGAAUUUAUAGGUAGAAAUGUAGCAAUAGAAAUCAGUACAACUGCAGCUGGAAUAAUUUCUGGCUCCGCCUGUGGAAUUGUAUUUAUCAUAAGUGCAACUUUCCUGCUGUACAAAAGAUACGUAAAUCCAGUGAGAAAGAAUAAUCAAGGUAAGAGGUGAUUUAUUUCUUCACAGAAAUGUACUAAGUGACAAAAGUAAAUGGUAGAGAGUGCAUACUUAAGUGAAUAUCAACAUAAUCAGUGUUUUAAAGCGGCACUGUCUCCAACCCCCCGACACCACCAAAAAAAAUAUAGUAUAAUAAAGAUAGAAUCUUUAUGAAAUACUCAUUAUGACUGUGUUGGAAUUUCACUGAAAUUCUAACCUAGUCAAGAGAUAUACAGAGUCAAAGUAGAAUUUUUUUUUCCUAUUGCUGUCCCAGGGCAGAGUCUAAGAGUCAAUUCGUAGAUCUCAAUGGUGUACAUUUGUGCAUGAAAAGGAACAGGGAAAGAAAGAUGGCGGCAACCACGAGCGACAGGUUUAGGUAAGUAAUCUCUCCAUUACCGGCACCCCCAUGGCAGCCAGACUCCCAGCAGAGAAGUUACUGCUGCAAAUUUAGUGCAGUCUUCAGACAGUGACAGUGCCGCUUUAAUAAUACAUUCUGUAUUUAUAUAGCCAUGUUAUAAAUGUUCGGUUUAGUAAGGCAAAUGUAAUAUAUUGCAAAGAAUAGAUCUAAUGUUGAAUAGAUAAAUAUAGUAGUCAUUUUUUCAAAUUUUGUAUAUGAUCAAUCUCUAGGACGCUACAGGAAAGAUCCAUUGGUGCUGUAUGAUAACAUACCUCAUGAUGGAAAGGUAAGGUCUGUGUCUGUACAAAAACAUGCAUUGAAAGUACAAUGUUAUCUAUGGCAAUGCCUGCAUAUAUGACUUAUAACUAACACCUAAAUUCAGAUUCUGUAUCAGGCUGGCUAGAAGGUACUAGAUUCUGUACUAAGUGCAAUGGGAAGGGAUAAAAUAUAUCCAUUCAGUCAAUCCAUUAAAAUUUGGAUUCAACCAAAUCAUUUUGUACUAUUUUAUUUCUUCUGACACUCAGUGGGUUUACAAGAAGAGGUUAUUAAAUGGUCCCCCAAACCUCUCACCCAUGGAUGGCAGGUAAAUGAAUAGGUUAUAAGAGUAUGCUGACAGCCAUACUGUCAACCCGAUUCCUGCACCUGAAAUGUAAGUAAAGGGAACCCAGGAAGAAGUCUUCAAUAUGCUCUUAAUCCAAGAUUAGAGGAAGAGAGGUAAAAAAUGGGGGUGAGUGUGCGGCCCCAUCCCUUACCUAAAUAAUGAGGGGAAGGAUAAAAAAGGAAAAAAUAAGCAACAAUUUCUAUUGAGUACCACCUAUGGCUACCAAGUUUGGGAUUAGCACAAGUAAUUAGUGGGGCAACCUAGCAAACUGUCUUCCAAUGACCCUUACCCAGGUGUUUUGGUUGAGGGAUAAAAUUACCAAAACUGCCCACCCACUCCAGCUUGGUUUUGUUAGAUGUGAGCAACAUAAAGGUAGCUACUUGGCCAGCGACAGAUGAAGAUCUCGGGAAGAACAUUUUUUUUUAAACUACACUGAACAAAAUUAUACACUCUAGUGGCCUUUUAUUGUGGCCAGCCUAAGGCACACCUGUGCAAUAAUCAUGCUGUGUAAUCACUAUCUUGAUAUGUCCCACCUGUGAGGUUAUACGAAUUAACUCGGCAAAGGAGAAUUGCUCACUAACAUAGAUUUAGACAGAUUGGUGAACAAUUGGCAAUUUAUCCCUUCAUACCAUACAAGUGUAUAAUGAGGAUAGAGCUACUUAACUUAUGUGUGCAGCUUCCCAAGGUCCCUUCCCUGUUGGUGACCUCAUACAAAAAACGAUAUAGUACAGAAAAUAUGGGAUACAGCUUCAUUGAUCACAAAAUCCUAUAUUGUGUCUGAAAUAUAAUGGAUUCAUUUGCAAGUCUCUAUUUAGGUGGAAACGAAGUUACAGAUAAAAUAAAUUGCAAUCUGCCUAGGUAUAAAACAUCUUUAUUAUUUAAACCAGUGCAGUAAAUUAUAAUCUAUAUAUGUUUUUAUUUACAUAUAUGCAUGUUAGUAUGAAUUCUCCCACCUGACCGCCUCAAAAUCAUUAUUGGUUGGAUGCUAUCACUCCAUAAUCCAAUAUUACUUUUAAUUAUUACUUUCAUGUAUUAAACUGAAUUUCAUUAUCUCCCAGCUCACAGGGACUUAGAUAGUGGUCAUAUGCUACUACUUUACAUAAUACAAAAUUAUAUAAAAAAUCAAAACAAUCUAAAAAAAUGUUUUUACAAUUUUUUUUUUUUAUAUAUAUAUAUAUACUAAGUUAGUUGUGCUAAUUUGUAAAUCUUCAAGUGCAUCUAAUAGUGGAGAAAGAAAUGUGUGUGUGUGUAUGUAUAUAUAUAUAUAUAUAUAUAUAUAUAUAUAUAUAUAUAUAUAUAUAUAUAUAUAUAUAUAUAUGAUAUUGGGGGAAAAAACUUUUUUUCUCAUCCCUAAGUAUAUUUAAAUCAUAUGAGCCCAUCCAGUGGGAUACAUCCGUCCAUAUAUGCUUUAUCUCAUUUACAAAAAACAGACCAGGUCAAUAUCUACAUUCAAACCAUUCGGUUCCAGCAUCUGCAAUUUAUGAAUUCAAAAAGUCUCCCUUUGGCAUAAAGAUCUUAAUCUGUCCCCUCCUCUCCAACGGGGCUCGAUUCUUUUAAUUCCUAUACAGAUAAACUUAUUAAAGUCAAAACUCGGACAGGAGUUACAGUGAACUGGAUCCAAAUGGGGCCUACGUUUUUUCCUGAUGUAAUUGGCAUGUUCCAGCAUCCUCACUUUAAAGCACCGUUUGGCGCGUCCCACAUAUUGCUUAAUGCACGGACACUGCAGUAAAUAAACAACAAAGUCCGUGAGGCAAUCAAUCCAUGUCCUAACUGGAAAUUCAUCUCCUGUUAAAUUAUUCUCAAAAGACAUGGUUUUGCCAAAUUCAUAGUUUGGCAGGCUUUACAUUUACCAUAUCCUCUAAAACCUGGAUCUCUUGGGUCUUUAUCUUGUUUAGUAGUUUGGAUACCUUUUACGUAGUUAGGGCACAAAAUAUAUUUUAGAUUACAAUUCUUCUUUAAAAAAUUUUAGGAUUCUUUGGCAAAAUGGUAUUCAGUAUAGGGUCCUGCAGGAGGAUGGGCCAAUGUUUGGCCAGACCUCUCUUUAUUUUCCAAUUAUCUUUAUUAUAUCUUGUUCUAAAACCCCUUUGGAAAUUCUUAUUUUGGAUAUUUUUCGGUUUAUCCAUAAGCAGUAGGUUUCUUUCUUUAUUCCUAGCCAGUUUUAUUUCUUUUUGUAUGGGUAUUCCUUUUGUAUGAGUUUAUUCUUUAUGUGGUUGGCUUGCAGUUCAUAAUCUUGAAUGUCUGAACAAUUCCGUCUCACUCACACAAGCGGUUAUAUAUACUUACAGAUACACACACUAUUAUACAUAUAUGCACUCAAGCACUCACAGAAAAACACAAAAUUUUACACAUGCUCACAGAUAGACACACACAGUUACACAUAUAUGCACACACUAUUAUACAUAUGCACACUCACAGAUACACACUAACUGUUACACAUACUCACAGAUACAAGCACACAUACACACACUGUUACACAAAUACACUCAACAUUACAGAUAUACACACUAAAAUACAGAUAUGCACAAUCUGUUAUACGGAUACACACUAUCACACAUACACCCUGUUCCAAAUUAUUAUGCAAAUUCUAUUUAAGUGUCACAAAGAUUAAAUAUUUGUUUUUCAGUUUAACUCAUGGAUGGCAUUGUUUCUCAGGGCUCUUUUGAUCACUGAAAACAAUCUCGGACAACUGUGAUAAUUAGAUUGCCAGGUGAGCCAAACUUAAGGAAAAACUACUAAAGGAGGGUGUUCCACAUUAUUAAGCAGAACACCAUUUUCAUGCAAUAUGGGGAAGAAAAAGGAUCUCUUUGAUAUCGUUCAAUGCCUUGGACGAGGUAUGAAAACAUUAGAUAUUUCACGAAAACUUAAGCGAGAUCAUCGCACUAUUGAGAGAUUUGUGGCUAAUUCAGAGCACAGACGGGUUUGUGCAGAUAAAGUCACAUUGAGGAAGAUUUCUGCCAGAUCCAUGCAUCAGAUCAAGAGAGCAGCUGCUAAAAUACCAUUACAUAGCAGCAAACAGAUAUUUGAGCUGCUGGUGCCUCUGGAGUCCUACGGACAUCAAAGUGUAGAGUCCUCCAGAGUGAUUUGGUUAGUGAACGGCCACCCUGUUCCAACAAGGCUGCGACAUCAGCAAGGCGGUGCUGGAGUCAUGUUUUGGGCCGGAAUUAUGGGAAAAGAACUGGUCGGCCCCUUUAGGGUCUCCGAAGGUGUAAAGAUGACCUCUGCAAAGUAUGUGGCGUUUCUGACUGACCACUUUCUACCUGGUACAGAAGAAAGAACUAUGCUUUCCGUAAUAAAAUCAUCUUCAUGCAUGAUAAUGCACUAUCUCAUGCUGCAAAGAAUACCUCUGCAUCAAUGGCUGCUAUGGGGAUAAAAGGAGAGAAUGUCAUGGUGUGGCCUCCAUCCUCCCCUGACCUCAAUCCUAUUGAGAACUUUUGGAGCAUCCUCAAGCAAAAGAUCUAUGAAGGUGGGAGGGAGUUUACAUUAAAACAGCAGCUCUGGAAGGAUAUUCUGAUAUCUUGCAAACAAAUUCAAGCAUGAACUGUCCAAAAACUCACAAGUUCAAUGGAUGCAAGACUUGUGAAGCUGCUAUCAAAUAAAGGGUGCUAUGUUAAAAUGUAACAUGACCUGUUAAAAUGUUUAAAAAGUUAAAAUGUUUUUAUAAGUUUUAUUGAAAUAGCUUUUGAUUUCAGUAAAUAUGCUGCAAACACAACAAAUGACAAUUUUCAGUUCUUUACAACCUAUAAAGUGUUUUGAAACUUACUGUGCAUAAUAAUUUGGAACAGUGCAUUGUAAGUUUUUUAUGUUUGAAAAAAUACUGUUAUCAUUAGGAGGUUUGUUCAAUAAAAUUUGAAUUGUACUCUUAAUAGUUGAUAACAUGAGAAUUAUGCUGACUGUUAUUUACAUCAAGUAUUUAGGUAAAUCAGAAAAAUAUCAUUUGCAUAAUAAUUUGGAACAGGGUGUAUACACACUCAGGCAGUAACAGAUACAAACACAAACAAUCCUAUACACUCACAUUGUGGCGCCCAGCCACUGGCUACCUUUGUCUCCCCUUUGGUCCGAUGUAUUGCUCGGUAACUCUGCUGGGUACAGGAAGUGUUGACUUCUUUCUGAGUCCAAUGUUUUGACCACACACAGAUCAGGGGAAUUGGGCUAACAGUAAUAAAUAAGUAGAAUCAAACUCACAAAGAUAGAGCCGUGCCAGGUUCUAUAUAGUCAGCAUAUAGGGUGCCUAUACAGGCUAAACGAUGGAGUACCAGGACAGAAUACCGGAUAGUUGAAGUAAAAUAACUAUUUAUUUCUUCUUAUUAAAAAGAAUAUAAGGACAUAAAAUAAAACAGUGUAUAAACACAGAAAUCACAGCCAAAAGUCCAUGUAGUCCAAAUUCAAGUAGUAAAAAUAGAUAGCAGACGCGUUUCAGCUAUUAGCCUUCCUCAGUGCCUGUCCACAACUCUGUUGCGUCUGUUUUUAUAUCCUGUUCCGGUCCUCAUCAGCUGACAUGCAUUUCCUUAUUGCCGACGUGACGUCGCUUCCGGUAUGACGUCAUCGCGUGGCGUGCAGUGUGUUGCCGAUAUUCUCUUUCCUCAGAAGCACAUAUUGUCAUUAUAACUGAGGGCAAAAAUGCCCUUAUACACAACAAUUAUGGUAUAUGUAUAGCAGAAAAAAAAGAAAAUGGCAUGUUAAAACUGUAAUAUAUUAAAAGAGACUUUACCCACAUGCGGGAAAAAGAUUUUUACAAAUACAUCAUAUAUUAUAAAACAAUGAUCUUUAUAUGUUACAUGAACAAAUCCCACAUAAUAAAGGAGCAAAAGACAUAUCAAAAAUAAAAUGGUAAUAUUAUAUCAUGAUGUAUACCAUUAGAUAUUAAUAGAUAUCUAUACUGUAAAAUUAUAAAAAUAAAAAUAUAUAAAAUACUACAUAUAAAACAAUAUAACAAACAGGAUAAAAAUAGUAAAAAAAAAAAAAUCGGUCCAAGGUAAACUCUAGACACCAAUUUAUCUGGUGGGGGGAGGAUAAGACUAUCAUACUGGACACUCAAAAAAUCUAAGUAAAUGAAUAAACUCAAAAUUAAUAUUAAGUCCUCUAGGGGACAUGGUGUCCAGAUUGAAAAUCCACCGACUUUCAAUUUUGUUAAGUUCUUUAAAAUUGUCCUCCCCCCUCCAAUUAGUAUUCUUUGGGAAAAAGCCAUAAAACCCAAGAGAGAAGAGUCAUUAUUGUGCUUGUCCGAAAAAUGUGCAGACACACUAUGUUUUGUGUAUCCCCUCUGGAUGUUUCCCAUGUGCUCCAAUAUGCGGGGUUUAAGACUCCUAGUGGUCAUUCACGCAUACUGGAGCCCACAGGGACACCAGUGAAGAUACACCACAUUUGUGGAGUGACAAGUUAAAGUGCUUUUUAUCUUAAAAAUUUCACAUGUAGUAUAUAAUUUAAAAUUGGUUAAAGUGUCUUUCUUAUUGCUGGUUUUUUUUGCACUCUGGGCACAUUUUACCAUAAUAAAAACCAGGUUUCUGUUUUCAAACAUUCCCGUCACUCCUAAGUCUUUCUGGUCUAAUAUAUCGCAGUCCUUACAAAUUGUAGGUAGUAGGAUCUCUCGAACCAAAAAUAAUUAUUAUGCAAAAUUAAUUUAAUCCCCUCCAACAUAAGAUCCUUUUGGCAAUCCGGUAUGGAGCUAAGAGACAAAAAAUGUUCUACAGCCUUGCAGCCCAAAUGAUGGGAGAUGAUUGUGUACAAAUUGCUAAAAUCAUAUGUAGCCAAUGCACAACCAUCAACCCAUUUAAUGUUUUGUAAUUCCCUAAUUAGUUGAGUCGAGUCCUUCAAAUAGGUGGGCUGUGAAACCACUAAGGGCUGUAGUAGUUUGUCAAUGUAUUCUGACAGUCGACUCAGGAGAGAGUCUACUCCUGCCACUAUAGGCCUACCGGGUGGGUUAGUGGAUUUUUUAUGGAUCUUAGGCAGGGUAUAAAAGACAGGGAUUUUGAAAAUUUCUAUAUCCAUUCUCAUUAAGGAUUUUUAAUGUUUUUCCUUUGUCAAUUAAUGUUUUAUAUAGGAUUCUGAUAUUCUGUGAUGGAUUAUUCACAAGCUUUUUAUAUGUUACAGAAUGCUUCAACUGCCUUAGAAUUUCUUUAACAUAAUUUUCUCUACUUUGAAUGACUACUCCCCCCCCCCCCCAUUAUCAGCCGAUUUAAUAAUAACACUUUGGUCCAUUUUUAGUUCCAUUAGGGCCUUUCUUUCUGCAAAAUUUAAAUUGUUAUUCUGUCUCUUUCUCUGGUAUUUCCAAUUCUUCUAACUUCUCCCAUUAUUAGAUUAUCAAAUACCUGCAUGGCGCCACUUAGCUCAACUUUCGGAAAGAAUUUUGAUUUAUUUUUUAGUUCCGUAUGGAUGAAAUUACUUAUGGCCAUUUCCUCAUAUUUGUCUUUAACUGGAUGUUUUCUAAAAAACCUUUUUAACCAUAAUAUUGGCUAUAUGUGAUAUUAGCAGUUUGUACACAAUCAUCUCCCAUCAUUUGGGCUGCAAGGUUGUAGAACAUUUUUUGUCUCCUAGCUCUAUACCAGAUUGAAAAAAGGAUUUUAUUUUGGAAGGGAUUAAAUUAAUUUUGUAUAAUAAUUAUUUUUGGUUCGAGGCAUCCUACUACCUACACUUGGUAGGGAAUGCGAUGGGGACGAAGUUCGCGCCCAGCUACACCACCCUCUUUAUGCCAUAUUGGGAGAAGUCUUUCCUUUGGGGGGGCAGUGGCUGGGACACGAACUUGGUCCUCUAUCGUAGGUACAUUGACGACAUCUUUUUCAUCUGAAAGGGUGAUGUGGGGUCCCUCGAACUAUUUCUUACUUUUCUAAACAGUAAUGAGAGAAAUAUAUCUCUCAUCUAUGUACAUAGUCCCACCAGGGUUCAUUUUUUGGACUUAGAAAUUUAUAUAGAAAAUUGUAACAUCCAAAGGAAAACAUAUUUCAAAAAUGUCGAUGUAAACAGUUACAUCAACACAACUAGUUGCCACUUUGCACCCUGGUUACGCAACAUUACGAAAGGGCAAUUCAUGAGAGUCCUAAGAAAUUGUAGUGACUCACAAGAAUUCGAUAUACAUACAGACAUUUUAACACAAUUUUUUUAAAGAAUACCCACCUACUGGGUUUUGAAGAACCAAAGGAGAGGGAACGCCGCGCACAAGCUGCAGAGGCCCUUGCAAUUAGGGCCACUUGAUGGCCAUCUUUGAUCCGGAGUCCGGUCAGGUGCCAUAGCCAUUUAACAGCCGCAGCUACUGGGUCCCCUGCUCUGUGUAAAGGUAAGCUGGGAGGAGCUGAGUACAAUAUACUUCCUUCCAGCUUACCAGUGAGCCGCGCAGGGUAGAGGAAUAGAGGGGAGGACUGUGAAAGAGAGAGAGCCUGGAGUCUGGACCCGACUCCCAUCAGACCCAGCCAGAUGCCACUCAACUCCAGGGAAGCCAACACCUGCACCAAAACUGUAUGGAAGCAGGGAAGUGGCUAAAAAUCUGUAAAUUGUUAUCUGUAUGUAGAGAGGCGGCUGUAGACUUUAUGAGGCCUUAGGCAAAACUCAAACAUAAGGCCUCAUUAACAAACAAAGAGGAAAAAUAAUAGGGUUGUAUGUUAUGUAUUUUAUAUGUGUAUAUUGAAAGGUGGGCUUGCAGCACUGUAUACAGAGAGUCAGUCUCUGCAUUUAUUGUUCAGAAGCUUGCAGUGCCGCAGCUUCUUGUACACCUGCAUUGUGAGCUCUCUGGCUGUAGUUGUAGCAUAAUUUACAAACUAAAUUAAUUUGCAAUAAAUAAAUUGAAUUUGCAAAUAUGCCAAUUGUUUAUACACAAUUAUGAGGUAUGGUUGCAUAGCAUGGCAGUCGUGUAUACAUAAGUACUGGUGUGAAGGGGUUAUUGAAAAUAAAAAUUUUGCUUGAGCAAAAAAGCUUUAAAAAAUAAUUUACCAAAUUAUUAGGUGUGUAUGAUGUAUGUCUUCAGCUGGUGACUGUGUGAGUAAAGAGGUACCAAUGGCAGGAAGAGUGUAACAGGGCGAAGAAGGUAAAUGGGACCAGGUGGGGGCGUUUGUGAGAGAAAAUGAGAGAGGGCGAGUAUGACAUGGUUUUAAUGAGACAAUGUGACAGAGCGAGUGGAGGUAAGUGUGUCAGGGCAAUAGUGGCAUGGUAGGAGCAGGGCCAGUCCAAGGAUGAAAUGUGGAUGCAGUGUCCGUGUGUAGUGCAUGUAGAGUGUGCAAUAUUUGUGUGUAGUGCAUGUAGUGCGUGUAGUGGAUGCAGUGUCUGUGUGUAGUGCAUGUAGUUUCCUCUGUGCAGUGUAUGUGUGUAGUGCAUGUUGUGUGUGCAGUGUUUAUUUCUGGGGCUGUAAGGGGUGAUCAUUUUUUUUUUUUUUUUAAACACUUUUGUCCUUUGGUAUCCCACUUAUGGAGACACCGGAGACAUGUCACAAGCAAACACUGCACAAGCAUGUUAAUAAAUUUGCUUGUUCUGCAAGAUGACCUUUUUUCAUCCAAGAGCUCUUCAGCAGGGCUCUGCGCAUUAAACCAGCAUGCUCACUUGGUGAUGACAAAACACUCACCUUCUCAGUGGGCCGCUGUGAUUCAAAAAUAAUGAGGAUACUGUGAGGUAGGGGAGUAAAAGUAUGAUGGAGGGGAAUACUGGGGGGGGAUAAUUCUGUGCGGGAUACUGGGAGUGAGAGGGUUAAUGCUGUGGGGGGAAACACUGGGAGAAAGGGGGUAAUACUGUGGGAGGGAUAUUGUUAGGGAGAGGGUUAAUGAUGUGGGGGGAAAUACUAAGAGGGAGGGGUUUAAUGCUGUGGGAGGUAUACUGGGACGGAGAGGGUUAAUGCUGUGUGGGGGAAAUACUGGGAGGGAGAGUGUUAAUGCUGUGGGGGAUGGAAUACUUGGAGGGGGUGAUUAAAUGCCUGGUGGUCCGGUGGGCUCCCUGGGGGUCCGCUGGCCAUGGCCGCCGGUCUGCAGCUCUGCCGGAUGCAGAGCUGCAGACUAUGUAUCUCACGAGCUCCAGUCAGAUUGGCCAGAAUUCACAAGACAUAUGGUUUGCAGCUCUGCACACUGCAGAGCUGCAGACCGGUAUCUGCGAUGGGUGCUCUCCCUCCCGGGCAAACGGCACAGAGGAGCCUUGCACCCGGCAGCGUACAGAGAAAGUCACCGGGCUCCCUCCUGGUGUCAGACCCUCGGGGGCCCUGGUGUCACUGACCGAGGACCUGCCCCAGUCUGCCCUAAGGCAAUUUAGUUUUUUAUGCGGCCCCCCAGGUAACCUAAGGUUGGACAGCCAUGUCCUAUGAAAUUAAUUCUUGUAAAUGUUACUCUGUGUUUUAGAACAAUAAGCAGUAAGGACAAUUAAUGCUUAGUUACUGAUCAAAGUAGUUAAAUUGCAGACAUUAGAUAGCUAUAUAGAGAAACUGUAAUAAUUAGACUAGUGAUUAGAAUUAGAGAUAUUGUCUUACAUGAUAUAUAAACUUGUGGUGUUUUGCCAUUAUUCAAUGUACUAGUUAUACAUAUUGUAUUUUUUAUCUGUGCAGAAUCAUUGUUGGAGUAUUUUUCUUUUAAAGAAGUUAAAUAAAAGAUUAUAUCAGACAGUGUUCAUUUAAUCUCAACUGUAUACUUUUAUAUUUUAGGGUUUGCAGUUCAAAUGUCAGGACACAUAUGGUGAGCUAAAAGGAUGA